GCAUGCGCGCGCCUCUGUCGGGCGGAAGUUCCGGGUCACAGAGAGCCCGGAAGUGAGCCGGGGCCGCCGACGCAAGAGCAGGGCCGCCUCGCUCCCUCUCUCCGCCGCCCCGUCAUGUCGGCCCUCGGAGCGCUGGACCCCGCCAGGGGCGUCCGAGCCGCGGGGCUGUUCCGCCCGCUCAGCGCCGAGGACGAGGAGCAGCAGCCGGCCGAGAUCGAGUCCCUCUGCAUGGCCUGCUACCGCAACGGAGUGACUCGGCUGCUGCUGACCAGGAUUCCAUUCUUCAGAGAGAUCAUUGUCAGUUCCUUCACCUGCAACAGCUGUGCCUGGUCCAACUCUGAGAUCCAGUCAGCUGGUCGGAUUCAGGACCAAGGAGUGUGCUAUACACUGGCUGUUCGAAAGAAGCAGGAUAUGAAUAGGGAAGUGGUGAAGACUGACUGUGCCACAGCUAGAGUCCCAGAGCUAGACUUUGAAAUCCCUGCUUUUUCUCAGAAGGGAGCUCUUACCACCAUCGAAGGGUUAAUUGACAGAGCCAUCGCAGGAUUGAAGCAGGACCAGCCCAUCCGCAGGGAAACAGACACAGACGUGGCAGGAAAGAUAGACCAGUUCAUCUCUAAGCUGAAGCGCUUGAAAGGAGUGGAUUCCGCCUUCACCUUUAUCUUAGAUGACCCCUCAGGCAACAGCUUUGUGGAGAACCCUCAUGCCCCACAGAGAGAUGAAGCCCUAGUGGUUACCCACUACAGGAGAACUGCUCAGCAGGCUGCUAUGCUGGGCCUUGAGAUAGAGGAGUCCAAGGAGGACUCGGCAGACCCAGCUGACGAUCUGAGGAAUGAGGUGCUGCAGUUUAGCACAAACUGUCCAGAAUGUAAUGCUCCGGCCGCUACAAAUAUGAAGCUGGUGCAGAUUCCCCAUUUCAAAGAAGUAAUCAUAAUGGCCACCAACUGUGAUGUCUGUGGGCACAGAACUAACGAGGUGAAAUCGGGAGGGGCCGUUGAGCCUUUGGGGACCAAGAUCACCCUCCACGUGACAGACCCCUCAGACAUGACUAGAGACAUCCUAAAGUCUGAAACUUGCAGGGUGGAGAUCCCAGAGCUGGAGUUUGAGCUGGGGAUGGGGGCCCUAGGUGGCAAGUUCACUACUCUGGAAGGCCUGCUGAAAGACAUCCAGGGACUGGUGGCCAAGAACCCCUUCACCCUGGGGGAUAGUUCGACCCCUGACAGAGCAGAACAACUCCACGCAUUUGGCAGGAAGCUGCAGCAGAUCGUGGAUGGGGAGCUGAGAGUACAUUUGGUCCUGGAUGACCCUGCAGGGAACAGCUAUCUUCAGAACGUGUAUGCCCCUGAGGAUGACCCAGAGAUGCGAGUGGAGCACUACGAGCGGCUCUUUGAGCAGAAUGAGGAGCUGGGCCUCAACGACAUGAAGACGGAGGGCUACGAGGCAGACUGCUCUUCCAGCCGGUAGCAGUCCCAGGCAGAGGCGGAGCCAGUGGCGCGAGCACCCACUGGAAAGAGCAGGCCUGUCCCUGCACUCAGGGCGAAACCUCUUCCCUUAGAAGGGAGCAUCUGGUGGCUCUCUGGAUUGAAGUUGAGCUGCUAAAAACUGCCGGCAAACUGACUGUGUAUUAAAGCUGAAGUAUUGCUGAGUUUGAGACUGCAUUGAGCUUGGGUUUCUGUUUUGUACAAGAAAUAAGUGGGUCUCACUGCUACCUACCCCCCCCCCCCCCCCGUGUGCAGUUCUCCCUUGGUUCUGGAGUGGGUGCUGCUCAGUGCAGGGAUAGUGGCUUUUUCUACCGAUGGCUGCAGAAUGAAAGCACCCCCUGCCUUGUCCCCCUCUCCUUCUCUUUAUUUUGGAGCAAUAAAAGUGAGGGGCUCUCAUA